GCAUCCGUUUGCCACCAUUGAUACCAACCAAAUUAGCUGCAGAGAAACGAAGGACAAACAAAAGAGCAUCCGUUUUGGAGUGGGUGAAGAACUGAAGUUGGAAAGGUGCUGCUGAUAACACAAAUCGCUCUAGGCUCGGGAGCUUGGCGCGGCCGUGUGUCACUGGUGUCUGGUGCCACCGGGCCAAAGGUUGGACACCCCAGCUCCUCUUCCCGAACCCGGGCCGAGCGAGCGAGCUCCGAUGUUUCCGCUGCGGGGCCUGGCGGGGUCCUGCCGCCGGCGAGGUCUCGCCCGGUUUGCCGCUGGAGUGCCCCGGGAGGCGGUGGACGCGGUCGUGGUUGGCGCCGGCGCGGUCGGCCUCGCGGUGGCGCGCGCGCUGGCCAUGGCCGGGCGCGAGGUUCUGGUGGUCGAGGCCGCCUCCAGCUUCGGCACCGGCACCAGCUCCCGCAACAGCGAGGUCAUCCACGCCGGGAUCUACUACCCUCCCGGCAGCCUGAAGGCUAGUCUUUGUGUAAGAGGAAGGGAAAUGCUCUACAAGUAUUGUGCAGAACGAGAAAUCCCCCAUAAACGGCUCGGUAAACUUAUUGUUGCUACUGGUGCUGCAGAGACUGCAAAGCUGGACAUGCUCCUCAGGACUGCUAAAGAAAAUGGGGUGGAUGAUCUUCAGAUGAUGGAGGGUUCUCAGGCUAUGGAGAUGGAACCUGAACUUCGUUGUCUAAAAGCUUUACUAUCACCUAGUACUGGGAUUAUUGACUCCCAUUCAUUCAUGCUCUCCCUUUUGGCUGAUUCUGAAAAUUUAGGAACUACCAUAUCAUAUAACACGGCAGUUAUCAGUGGGCAUGUGGGAGAAGGAUUAGAGCUUCAUAUUUCUGAAAGCAAAGAGCUGGAGAAAAGUUCUGUGGGUUCUCCUGUAUCCCCACAGAUUGUUUUGCUUCCAAAACUUCUGAUAAACUCAGCAGGUUUGAGUGCAGUUCCACUCGCUACGAGAUUUCAUGGCCUUGACCAAGCAUUUGUGCCCCCUGCUUAUUAUGCCUGUGGGUGUUACUUUACCCUCUCCCAAACCAAGAGUCCUUUCAGCCACUUAAUAUACCCUCUACCAGAGGAUGGUGGCAUAGGGGUCCAUGUCACGCUAGACUUGAAUGGCCUAGUUAGAUUUGGACCGGAUGUUGAAUGGUUAGAUGGUGGAAUGGGUGAUAUGUCAUGCUUCCUGAAUAGGUUUGAUUACUCAGUUAACCCUUCCCGAUGUUCGAGAUUUUACCCUGUGAUAAGGAAGUAUUUUCCAAAUCUGAAGGAUGGGUCUUUGGAACCUGGUUAUUCUGGGAUACGACCAAAGCUUUCUGGUCCAGGACAGCGUCCUUCCGAUUUUGUUAUUCAGGGGGAGGAUAUCCAUGGUGUUCCUGGGCUGGUUAACUUGUUUGGAAUAGAAUCACCUGGCUUGACGUCAAGCUUGGCGAUUGCAGAAUACAUUGUUUCAAGAUACUUGAGAUGAGAGGCCAUUCUCAAGGGAAUGCUGCUUCAUGCACUGCAACAGGGGGAACCCAAGAUGUCUGGAGGCUUUGAUCAUCGUGAUUGAAAAAUCUUAGAACUGCUGGAUGUGAACUUAACGGUUGUAUGGCAAUGGAUAGAGGAGUGAAAGUUUUAUUCGAACAUACUUAAAGCAUGCCUAGCUCAAAAGCUUUUCGAGGGAUGAGGAUUUUGUUGUUUAUUUUCCUUUAUCUCUUUUUUUUGCGGGUAAUUUUCCUUUAUCCCUUUAACGAGCUGUCUUUGCCUGUGA